AGUGGAGCGCCUGUGGUGGUGACGAUUUAAUAGGCACACAAAUACACACCCACUGGGCUCGACUUGCCUCGCAAAUGCUUUAAUUUUCAGGAGGUCCAUGCAUCAUUUUAGGCGACGUCAAAGGCAGGCAGGAUGCCAUCCGGUGCCUCUCCCAUCUGAAACACACACAAGGACGCGAUUCUUCCAAGUGGACAGCUAGAACAAAACCAGGUGCAUUAACAAUGUUUACAGGGCUCUCAGACGUGAAGAAGAAGUGGGCAGCAGUUCGGGGUCGCCUGGGCUCCUCUCAGGACUCGGACUCCCAGCAGGAAGCCAACCUAGAGAGUGCAGAUCCGGAGCUCUGCAUCCGACUGCUCCAGGUCCCCACCGUGGUCAACUAUUCCGGCCUGAAGCGUCGCCUGGACAACAGCGACCAGUCAUGGAUGGUCCAGUUCCUGGAGCUCAGUGGCUUGGAUCUUCUCCUGGAGGCCCUGGACAGGCUGUCUGGGAGGGGUUGCUCCCGCAUCGCAGACGCCCUCCUGCAGCUCACCUGCGUCAACUGCGUCCGUGCAGUCAUGAACUCAUCAGCCGGGAUUCACUUCAUCAUAGAGAAUGAGGGAUACAUCCGGAAGCUCUCCCAAGCCUUGGACACCUCCAACACCAUGGUGAAGAUGCAGGUGUUUGAGCUACUUGCAGCUCUCAGCAUGUUCUCUACAGAUGGUCAUCGCCUUGCUCUGGAUGCACUAGACCACUACAAGGGAGUGAAGACACAGCAGUAUCGCUUGAGCGUGAUCCUGAACGAGCUACAGGAAACAGACAACGUACCUUACAUGGUCACGCUCCUCAGUGUCAUCAACGCACUCAUCUUUGGCUCCGAUGACCUCAUGCAGAGAGAUAAGAUGAGAAAGGAGUUUAUCGGGCUUCAGCUUCUUGACAUUCUGCCAAAAUUAAGAGAACAGGAGGAUGAAGACUUGAUUAUUCAAUGUGAAGCGUUUGUAGAGGCAAUGGCUGAAGAUGAGGAGGAGCUGCUGCGAAUGAACGGUGGCAUCGACAUGAGCAAUCACCUAGAGGUCUUCACCACUCUCUUCAACAAGGUGAGCAGCUCCCCAGCUUCCCUCCAGCUGCUAUCCAUUCUGCAGACGCUUCUCCUGCUGGGGCCAAGCCGCUCUGAUAUCUGGCUUGCCCUGGAGGCCAUCACAAACCGAGCCAUUUUGUUGGCCCAAGACUCUCAGAUGGGGUGCUUUGAGAAGAUCAUGGAGCGCCUGACGUUCUGCAAGGGCAAGAGCUGUGAGAGACGUGACGAAGUGGACGGUCAGACAGUCAGGGUAGACAAGGCUGUGCAGACUGGUCAUGAGGAACAAAACCAACUGAAUAAACGUUCGGUGUCAUUUCGGAAGUCACUAGUUGCUGCUCCACCUCUUCCAAGUUUGAACUGGCCCCGAGGUUCUAUACAGUGUCCACCACCUGCACCACCCCCUCCUCCUCUACUUCCUGGAAUACUUGGUGGGCCUCCACCACCCCCACCCUUACCUGGUAUGGUGCCUCCACCACCACCUCCACCAUUAUAUUGCGGUCCAGGUAUGGCUGCCCCACCGCCUCCACCACCCCUGCCCGGCAUGAGCAACGGACCACCGCCUCCACCACCCUUGACCGGCAUGAGCAACGGACCACCGCCUCCACCACCCCUGCCCGGCAUGAGCAACGGACCACCGCCACCACCUCCCCUAUUUGGCAUGCUACCCCCUCCACCACCACCCUCAGGUCUGAUCGUGGCUCAGAGCAGCUAUGCAUUGGGCUGCAGCACACCUGCAAAUGCGAGCCGAUGUCCCACUCUGAGGAUGAAAAAGCUCAAUUGGCAAAAGCUCCGAUCUGUUGCUGAUGGUCACUCCAUGUGGGCUUCUGUUCAGAAAGAGCCUUCUCCUCACGAGCCGGACUAUAGCAGUAUCGAGCAGCUGUUCUGUCUCCCGGUGACCGAGCACAAAGACAAGGGGGCAGCUGCUCCUGUCAAGAAGGAGCCUAAAGAGAUAUCUUUCAUUGAUCCCAAGAAAAACUUGAAUCUCAACAUAUUCCUGAAGCAGUUCAAAUGCUCAAAUGAGGACUUUGUGGCGAUGAUUCAGAAAGGUGACAGAAGCAGGUUCGAUGUGGAGGUGCUAAAGCAGCUCCUAAAGCUCCUGCCAGAGAAACAUGAGAUUGAAAAUUUGAAGUCUUUCCAAGGAGAGAAGGAGAAGCUUGCGAAUGUCGAUCGUUUCUUCACAUCGCUCCUUACUGUCCAGUGUUAUCAUCUAAGGAUUGAGUGCAUGUUGUUGUGUGAGGAGACUGUGUCAGUUUUGGACAUGCUCCAACCUAAAGCCAAGCUGGUGGAGGAAGCCUGUCACUCUCUCAGGACGAGCACGCUCGUGCCCACUUUCUGCAGGCUCAUUCUUGACGUGGGCAAUUUUCUCAACUAUGGAAGUCACACAGGGAACGCCGAGGGGUUUAAGAUCAGCUCGCUUCUCAAGCUUACAGAGACCAAGGCCAACAAGAGCCGCAUUACAUUACUUCAUCACAUUCUAGAGGAAGCAGAAGUGAGCCAUCCAGAGCUGUUGGAAUUACCAGGGGACAUUGAGAGCUGUGAAAAGGCUGCAGGGGUGAAUCUGGAAUCUAUCCAGUCUGAAGCCAACGCCUUACUGAAACGACUGAAUGAGACAGCCAAGAAAGUCUCCAACUCUGUGGAGGAGUUGAAGGAGCAAUAUGCAAAAGUUCUCGAGGAAAAUCUGGAGUCUUGUCGAGCUUUGAGUGAAAGGUUCGCUAACAUCGACAAGAAGAAGAGUGAACUCGCUGUCUACUUGUGCGAAGAUGCAAAUCAGCUGUCGCUAGAAGAACUUUUUGGAACGAUCAAGACUUUCCGAGGACUUUUCAUCAAGGCGCUGAAGGACAAUAAGACCAGAAAAGAGCUGGCAGCCAAGGCUGAGAAGAGAAAGCAACAACUGGCAGAGGAAGAAUCCAAGAGACAGAGAGGAGCGGAUGGAAAAAUAAUCAAAAAAGGCUUUGUGCCACAGGACGACGGCUGCAUAAUCGACCACUUGCUGGCAGACAUCAGGAAAGGUUUCAGCCUAAGAAAGACUAGGCCAAGGUGCGAUUCGGAAAGCCCCCACUCUAGUGAAAUGCGUAGGGAUACCCGCGCACCUGGGUCAAGUGUGAAGCCUGCAGGCGAAGAAGUCGCAGACAUAGCCAGCAUUUCCGCCUCCACCACACCUCCAACAGGGGAUCACCAAGAGAGGCCAGGCGAGGUGAACGGCUUCAUCAAUCAGCCAGGAGAGACUCCUUCGCCGUCUCAGGUUGCUACACCCGACCAAACCCCAGGACAAGCAGCCAAGACAACACCGGCACCCCCGGAAAGGCCGAGGUCGCUACAGGAGGGUCUCAGCUCGACGACGCCUGCAGUAACGCAAACUAACCCUCGGGCGGAUCAUCAGCCGCUUCUUCUCACGGAUGGUGCAGUAACGCAAACUAACCCUCGGGCGGAUCAUCAGCCGCUUCUUCUCACGGAUGGUGCAGUAACGCAAACUAACCCUCGGGCGGAUCAUCAGCCGCUUCUUCUCACGGAUGGUUUUUCAGUAGAUUCAACUGAAACCACUGUCUUCAGCCCAUCCUCCAUGUCAGACACUGACCUAACAGAGGCUGUAUUAGAUGGAACUGACAGUUUGGCACCUGAGAAAUUACCACCUGAGGAGCCAGUAGAUACUACUGUGAAUGUUGACCUCACAGGAAGCAGACAAGCCAAUGAAAGAAAGGACAGUGAAACGAGUGGAGGACAAAAGUUCGAUCAUGAGUCGACCGUUGCAAAAACACCCAUGCAGGAUGAAGUUGUGGGCAGAACGCGCUCCAAAAGCAAGGAGAAGACUCUUAAUGAGAGCAUCUUGGGGUGUGAUUUCAAGGUAGUUGAAACAGAAGAGGUGCCAGCGGCGUCUGAGGACGUGACAUCUUCACGUAAGGCCAACCCAAAGAAACUGCCAAGCGUCUGUAAACGCAACAAAAAGAAGAGUCCAGGUAACAGUGGGAAAGGACACAUUAAACCUAAAAAGGGCUGUGUGUUGCAGUGAGGUGAGCCCAGAAAAAGAAGCUCCAGAGGAAAAAGAAGAAAUUGAUGUAACAGAGUAUAUAUUUUAUUUUGUGAAGCCUCCUGAAGAUUGUUUCUAAACUAAAUUAAUCCAAAACUGGUAUUUUAGACAGCAUUUUGGAUGUCAAUGUGUCAAUGUAAAUUAACUUCCAAAAGACUUGGACAAUGUGCUUUAAAUGUUUAUUUUGUAUAAAUGUGUUGCUUUAAAUGAUAUCAGCUACUGAAUAGAAAAUAUUGGAUAUCACCUUUUGAAACAGUUGGAUCUUAAUAUAUAAUCGCAUUAUCUAAUAGAGUAUACUGGAUUGUAACUUUUAAUGUUUAAGCUAUUUUAAUAAACGUCAACAUGGA